CCGCAGGCUCCCGAGCAGCAGUCGGCGCCCAGCAUCCCGCUGCCCGGGACCCUCCCGCGGGCACACACCGGGCUCAACUCAGGCUCGGAACUGCAUGUGAACAUCUUCACUGCCCGGGAAUCGCUGAGUGUGUGGACAGGACAGCCUCCUUGGAAGGCCGGCUAUACCAGAGUCCCGCCUCAGCAUGGGCCUUGCCAUCGAGGCCGCUUCUCAGUCUGUGCUUGUCUGAGGGUGCUGCCCGUCAUGGGGGCAGCCAUCUCCCAGGGGGCCCUCACUGCCAUCAUCUGCAAUGGCCUCGUAGGCUUCUUGCUGCUGCUGCUCUGGGUCAUUCUCUGCUGGGCCUGCCACUCCUGCUCUGCCAACAUCGACUCCCUCUCCAAAUCCAGUCCCAACUCCAGCCCUGGCCCCUGUCCCGAGAAGGCACCCCCGCCCCAGAAGUUCAGCCAUGAAGGCAGCUACCUGCUGCAGCCCUAA